CUCAAGAUUCUGUUCGGCAUCGCGAACCGCAUAAUUACCCCCUUCCAACCCAGACCUCCGGGACUGUAUGAAAGGCAACCGGCGCCUUCUCAAGCCUGCGUGGCAGAGGCAGGAGGCCAUUUAGGUGAGUUCCAUCACGUCGCCCUAUCGACCCGACCACGGGAACUGGACAUAGACAGUCCAAACAGUGACUCACGGAAGUCAGAGCUCCGGAUUGGUUCUGCGGAUCCGGUGGUUCCAGUGUUCGAUUCCCCUGUAGGAGGGAGGUUAGGUCUGUUUGCUCCCAACUGGGAGGUUCUGGGAGAUCCUUUUGUCACAAUGACUCUCAUUCCGCGACUGUCGACUGCCUGUGGACAGGUGGACCAAAAUUCAGCGUCUGGUUCCGCUAGCCUUGGAUCACCCCAGAACUCGCCAGUGGCAGGAGUUGCUGGCGUCUUAACGUCAGCUCAGGCUCUGACUUACAGAGGUCAACUGCAGCAGCCCACUUCAGUUAUUUCUCGCCCUCAUCUUCAAACCAACAACCCUCAGGUGUUGAUUCGGUUACCAGGGAACUCACGUCCAAUUCUCGUUGGUGGCUCAGCUUUCAGGUCUGGCUUUAAGAUAGUCAUUCUGGAUGAAGCUGAUGCUAUGACUCGGGAUGCUCAGAAUGCUCUCAGGAGAGUGAUUGAGAAGUUCACAGAGAACACCCGAUUCUGCAUCAUCUGCAACUAUCUGUCCAAGAUCAUCCCAGCCCUGCAGUCUCGAUGUACCCGCUUUCGAUUCGGUCCGCUGUCCACACAUCAGAUGGUGCCGCGACUGGAACAUGUCAUAGCACAGGAGGGGAUUAAUGUGACAGAAGAUGGGAUGAAGGCUGUGGUUACCCUGGCAACUGGAGACAUGAGGAAGUCUCUCAACAUCCUACAGAGUGCGUCCAUGGCCUACGAGGAAGUAAAUGAAGACAACGUGUACACCUGCGUGGGGCAUCCUCUCAGGAGGGACAUCGAGAACAUCGUCAACUGGGUCCUCAACGAAAACUUCACAGCGGCGUACAACAACAUCAGCCACCUGAAGGUGGCCAAAGGCCUGGCUCUCCAGGACAUCCUGACCGAGGUCCACCAGUACGUCCAUCUAGUUGACCUGCCAAUCCAUGUGCGAGUCUAUCUGCUGGAGAAACUGGCUGACAUAGAGUAUCGCCUGGCAUCAGGAACCAGUGAGAAGAUCCAGCUGAGCUCCAUGAUUGCUGCAUUCCAGACUGCACGAGACCUGCUGGUCAGCGAGGCCAAGUGACCACCUUGGAUACUGUGGGACAAGUGACACAAACUUUGACACUGUGGGAGGUGGUUAGCGUGGCCCUGUGACACAGACUUUCAUACUCACGGAGGUCUUUUUAUCUAGGUCUCGUGAUACAGCCUUUGACCCCAUGGGAGGUUGUUAGCAAUGCAAAGUGAUACAGCCUUUGACACUAUGGGAGAUGGUUAACAAGGCCAAAGCUACCUUUGUAUAAAUUGUAUAUAUAAAUCAGAAUGUCAUCUUG